AUGAGUAGUGAAUCCGCCGCCGCUAGCACAACACCGGCCGGUGGCGGUGGUGGUGGAGUCGGCGGGAUCCAGAUCCAGCCCCAAUCGAGGUCUCGGCUGCCGGAUUUCUUACAGAGCGUGAAUCUGAAGCAUGUGAAGCUGGGUUAUCACUAUCUGGUGAGCCAUCUAUUGACCCUUUGCUUGAUCCCAUUGAUGGCGGUGAUCGUAAUCGAAGCUACCCAAUUGAAUCCCGACGACAUCCGCCAGCUCUGGCUCCACCUCCAGUACAAUCUCAAGAAGCUCGAUGAAGAUGAGCCGCCGCGAAGUUACUAGAGUGUGGCCCUGGUAGUGGGCGUCAUCGGAAUCGUGGGCAACAGCUUAGUCGAGAUCCUCCCGCUCACCAACACUCUUGGUGGCCCGUGGAAGGUCUACAACAUAGCUCGCUCCCAUCACCC